AAUGGUUUUGGCUCCGUUUUUCGAGAAAGCUCCAUCGCUUAUCAUUGCUCCAGACGGAUCAGUUCUGUUCGAAUGCAUCUGUAAUGCGAAUCCACAACCAACAGUUAAAUGGUUUUUGAAAGACAAAGAGCUGACUGGUGAUCGUUACGUGUCAAAGAUCAAGAAGAUGGUUGGCAAGUUCACAGUUACACUGCAUAUCAAGAACCCUACCCAAGAGGACCAAGGAGUUUACAAAGUGACUGCUACAAACACCCAUGGCUCACACUCCGUUGAGCAGCAGUACAUCUACAAAUGCACUGGAAAAGAGGUUUUCAAGACUCUUGACUAAAUUCUGCUAGAUUUCUUUAAUAUUUCUUCCAAUAAACUUUUCCGUC